AUGCUUCCUGAUAGCCCAUCACCUCGUGCCGCUCUCGCCCUAUCCGAUCUUCAGCCUCAGACCGGAGCUUCAACCUUCGCUGUCGGUACUGGAUCUGGCAACUGGUCAACACACGGUGUUGGUGGUGUUGGUGGCGGAUCGUUUCUGGAUAAAAACAGCAAUGGCGGACUAGGUGGUGGACUUUUUGGCAACAAAAGGCAAAAUGUAAGAACGCCCAUUCGACUCAUUCUUCAACAAUUCGGGCCCCUGCGGCUGUGCCUCGUCGUCAAGUUCUGUUGGCGGACUGUUUUCACGAAAAUGAACGCCAGGUUUUGUCAAUCUGCGUUCGUCAUCCAUGUAAUUACUCUUCUUCAUUCAUCUUCUGUUCGUGGCGACGUUAAUUUGCCCGAGUGCCAUGAUAUCCCAAAAGUGCUGUGUUGUACCGAACGUGUGCUAGAUAAAUGCUUAACUGGUUGCAUUGACUAUGCGACGGAGAAAUGCCCACAUAAAUUAGAAAAAUUCGAUCGAAUUGAGGAGAAGAAGCUUGUUGCAGAUAAUAAGGUUGAAGGUGUUCAGCCUAUUAGAGGUUCGCGUCCUGUUGUCCUACCAAAAACUAGCCCUCGUCCUCCUGCCGUUGACGAGGUAUGGACAGAAAAAUCCGACCGUCGUCGUGCACCUAUUGGCGGUGAUCGCAGACUCUUGAAUCAAGAGUAUCCGAUCACUGAGGUUACCGACGCGGAUCUCACAGCUGAAUGCGGUACCGAAAAAUCUCGCCCACCAUAUUCGCCAUGCCUUGCUCGAAAAACUGUAGAUGAUGUGUUCACGACUUGCUGUCAGCAGCAUGUGCCAACUAAUUGUCACUCGCUGUGCACUUAUGAACAUCGUGAACACGUCGCGGCUGAGACUUUGAUAGCUGCAGUACAGCAAGAUGGAUGCGAGCUCAAGUAUCUUUCGUCCAUUUUGUACUGCGCCCAUCAAAAUCGCGACAAUCGCAAAUGCUGCGAGUUUCUUGGCAUGUCCAACUCCGAAUUGGGUGUUGGGGAUAGGUGCCUUCGUAUGUGCAAUGUAGCGCCAUCGGGCGAUCGCAUCAAUUCCUUGGAAAAAUCGGACCUGGUCUGUUUGUCCAACUGGAACGUGAUGAUGUAUUGUGCUCGUUCUGGACUGCGCACCUUCAACUAAUUCCUCCCCUGCAACCUGCUUUCCUCCUCAAUUCCCCUUCAUCCACUUCUUCCUUUUCCUCCCCAGGGCAUUCCUCCGUCCUUGCUUUCCUAUUUAGUCGUACGGUCGGUGUGAUCGCUGUCUCAAAAUCGAGAGAUCUCCAAAGCGUUCCGCCGCGCCGACGCCUUACCGUAGUCGUUCAGGGUUCUUCUUUAUUACUGUCAUAUCACAGCCCCCAUAGUUGUUUCCACUUUCCCGCAAAAUUUGCCCACACUUGCAAUCUUUCCAGUAAUAAUUCAUAACAAUAACUAUCGUGUGCUCUAUGUAAUAAACACUGCUACUCGGGUGCGAUAAUGACGUCUUCAUUUCUUCCUCUUCUUCUUCGCUGCUUCUUUCGUUCUUCGUCUUUCUCGCUCGUCUUUCGCUCAGAGUGAGUGACAAACCGCGCCCCAUUCACCCCCGCCCGCCCCCAUUCCCACCCUUUGCAUUACCAUUUACCUGUGAUAUAAGCGCAAUUGUCGUUAUCUGUGAUUAUCGGACGCCCACAUCACCGUCAUCGCAUUAACUCUUCAAACUCUCGGUGGUGGUGUGGGCUCACCGAACAUUCUGUGAUUGAUAUUUAAUCGCGUAUUUAUUUGCUAUUUAUUCAUUUACUGUGAUAGCAAUCAGAUUGUUAACCAAAACUAGAAAUAAAACUGAAUCA